CGCGGUAGCUGGCUUCGGGUUGUGGCGACCAAGGAGUUGCGACGGUUUCUGCGCUCGGGCCGUGGGGACCGCAACGCUUGGCUGGUCCCUGCGGCGGCCCGUAGCCCUUCCUUAGGCGUUCGUUCAGUGCUGGGGCUUUUUCUGUCGCGGUGGGUUCGGGGAAGUGCUGGUGACCUCGCUGCAGGUGCCCUGCGCCGGCCGCGAUACCCGGAGGAGGAGGAAGUCAACUGGCUUCCCCGGUCUUCUGGACCUGCGGAGUUCAUGAGGCCUCCGAGGGCACUGGAGGAGCUACACUUCUGAGGGGGCUGCCUAGUACCCCUGAGGGUAGACGAAGACCGCAGCGACUUUGCUUCCUCCUCCACAGGCCUGGCUUCCCCGCGUUGAUUACCCCCGCAUCCUCUCCCACUUCCUCUCAAUGUGCUCUCCAUAUAUCUGGAAAUAUGAUCAGCGCCCCUGACGUGGUGGCCUUCACUAAAGAAGACGAGUACGAGGAGGAACCUUACAAUGAGCCGGCUCUACCCGAGGAGUACUCGGUGCCUCUUUUUCCCUUCGCCAGCCAGGGAACUAACCCAUGGUCCAAACUGUCCGGGGCCAAGUUCUCUCGAGACUUCAUCCUUAUUUCUGAGUUCUCUGAGCAGGUGGGACCCCAACCCUUGCUGACCAUCCCCAAUGACACCAAAGUUUUUGGUACUUUUGAUCUCAAUUACUUCUCUUUGCGGAUCAUGUCUGUGGAUUACCAGGCCUCUUUCGUGGGCCAUCCCCCUGGUUCUGCUUACCCCAAACUGAACUUCGUGGAGGACUCCAAGGUGGUGCUGGGAGACUCCAAGGAAGGAGCCUUUGCAUAUGUGCACCACCUUACCCUGUAUGACCUGGAGGCCCGUGGCUUCGUGAGGCCCUUUUGCAUGGCUUAUAUCUCAGCAGAUCAGCACAAAAUCAUGCAGCAGUUCCAGGAGCUUUCAACUGAAUUUUCUAAAGCUUCUGAGUGCUUGAAGACAGGCAACAGGAAGGCAUUUGCUGGGGAACUUGAAAAAAAACUGAAAGACUUGGAUUACACCAGGACAGUGCUGCACACCGAAACAGAGAUCCAGAAGAAAGCUAAUGACAAAGGCUUUUACUCAUCUCAGGCAAUUGAGAAAGCCAAUGAACUGGCCAGCGUAGAGAAGUCCAUCAUUGAACAUCAAGACCUGCUGAAGCAGAUCCGCUCAUACCCUCAUCGGAAGUUGAAGGGGUCCGAUCUGUGUUCUGGGGAGAUGGAACGCAUCCAGGAUCAGCCGGACCAGGCAGCCACUACCUCUAACCCUGAUGAGUCUGUUGACACAGACCUUUUUACCUGCAGGCCCAGCUACACCCCCAAACUCAUCAAAGCAAAGUCCACCAAGUGUUUUGACAAGAAGUUGAAGACCUUGGAAGAGCUCUGUGACACUGAGUAUUUCACUCAGACCCUGGCUCAGCUCAGGCACAUUGAGCACAUGUUCAGAGGAGACCUGUGCUACCUCCUGACCAGCCAGAUUGACAGAGCACUACUAAAGCAACAGCACGUAACAAACUUCCUUUUUGAAGACUUGGUGGAGGUCAGUGACAGGGUGGUAGAGACACAAAAGAGUUCACUCCCUCAGCCCUGUCAAGACAGGCCACUUUCCAGGUCUCUAGAAGAAUGUCCGAUCCCUCAAGUGUUAAUUAGCAUUGGCUCUUACAAGUCUAGCGUGGAGUCUGUGCUGAUCAAGAUGGAGCAGGAACCGGGAGAUCAGGAGUACAAGGAAGUGGAAGUGACGGAAUUGAGCAGUUUUGAUGCCCAGGAAAACUUGGACUAUCUGGAUUUGGAUAUGAAAGGGAGUAUCAGCAGUGGUGAAAGCAUUGAGGUUUUAGGCACGGAGAAGUCCACCUCUGUGCUGUCUAAGUCUGACAGCCAGGCCAGCCUCACGGUGCCAUUAAGCCCACAAGUGGUCCGGAGCAAAGCUGUCAGCUACAGGACCAUCAGUGAGGACAGUAUUGAAGUCCUCAGCACCUGCCCUUCUGAGGCCCUCAUCCCUGACGACUUUAAGGCCAGCUACCCAAGUGCCAUUAAUGAAGAAGAAUCAUACGCAGGUGACAGUGAGGGAGCCAUCCACUUCCAGGCAAGCAUCAGCCCGCCAGUGCUGGAUGAGGCAGAGGAGGGCAGCUUGGAAAACACUCCGUCACAAACAGACUCCUCCUGCUGCAUUGGGAAGGAGAGUGACAGUCUGGGAGUGCCACCCUCCACUCCAGUCCACACACUCUCUGACGAGGAUGGAGUAGUUAGCAGCCCCCCACAGCACUACAGGCAGAAGGACCAGGGGUUCCCUGUGGACUUGGCAGUGGAAAACGCCCACCCUUCCCAAGACAACACUUCUGAAGGCUUCCCUGCUUAUGAACUUGACCCAAGCCGCCUGCUGGCUAGCCGGGAUGUUAGUAAGAGCAGCCUGGACAACUACUCAGACACCACCAGCUAUGUGAGCAGUGUAGCCUCCACCAGCUCGGACAGGACUCCCUCCUCUGCUCAUCCUGCUGGCCCCUCUUCAGAGAGGCAUCAAAAGAGGGCUGGCCAGAACGCCUUAAAAUUCAUCCGCCAGUACCCCUUUGCCCACCCAGCCAUCUACUCCCUGCUCAGCGGGAGGACGCUCGUGGUCCUGGGGGAGGACGAGGCCAUAGUCAGGAAGCUUGUGACAGCAUUGUCCAUCUUUGUCCCCAACUACAGCCGCUCUGUCAAACCUGUGAAGCAUUGGGUCUCCUCCCCUUUGCACAUUAUGGAUUUUCAGAAGUGGAAGCUUAUUGGUCUGCAGAGAGUGGCGUCCCCUGCUAGUGCUGGCACCCUGCACUCUCUGAGCCGCUACAGCCGCUACACAAGCAUCCUGGACCUAGACAACAAAACCCUGCGCUGCCCGCUCUACAGAGGCACCCUUGUGCCCCGGCUGGCAGACCACCGCACUCAGAUCAAGCGGGGCAGCACCUACUACCUGCAUGUCCAGAGCAUGCUCACCCAGCUCUGCUCCAAGGCCUUCCUCUAUACCUUCUGCCACCACCUGCACCUGCCUGCCCACGACAAGGAGACAGAGGAAUUGGUUGCCAGCCGCCAGGCAAGCUUCUUGAAGUUGAACCUGGGUUUGGUGAAUGAAGAUGUCAAGGUGGUCCAGUACCUGGCUGAGCUGCUGAAGCUGCACUAUAUGCAGGAGUCUCAUGGGACCAGCCAUCCCACGCUCAGGUUUGACUAUGUCCCCAGCUUUUUGUACAAAAUCUGAGGUCAGUCCCAGCCACUGUGACCAAGACCUGUGACUCAGGGUAUGGGGAGGGGAGGGAUUGGCAUGACCAAGCAGUCCUCUGAGCUGUUGAGACUUCUGGUGUAAUCAGUGGGAAGGAAACCAAGGUGGGAGCCUUGGCUCCAGGCAAUCUGUGAGUUGGACUUGGGCAGAGAAGGGAGCCUGGCUCUCUCUGAAGGCUUCUGGAAGGACAGUAACAGCUCUCUCAGCUCCUUGGUGAGGAGUGGCCCCUGCUGAGGACUGGUAGCCAGGGCAGAAGAAAGGUUUGAGGGGUGGGAUGAGGGGCAGGAAGGCGAGGCCUGAUGGGAGGAGCAUGCUGGCCUCAUUCAGUUCUGCUGAACACUGGAGCAGCAAAAUCAAGGGAAGCAGUCCAUUACCUGGAAUGAUUUAGUGGAAAACAGGAUGGUGGACCAUCCAUUGCCUCGUUUAGACCCCAGCUGGGACCUUUUACUUGGCCUCCUAGAGCCCAUCAUCCCAGGGGAGGCCCCUGCAUGAGUGAGGUGGAGGGGAGAAAGCUUGGCCCCAGCUGGGUGAUCGAAAACACACAGCCUUUUGAACCCCAAGACACCCUGGCCCCAUCCUCACUUCUGCUUGUAGGUGGGCCUUGGAAAUCACUCCCAUGGUCAGCAGAAGUGACUAAACAGUCACUAGUCCCUGGUUGUGAGGAGGAAAGCCCAGGAGACAGGCAGGGCCAAGGUGUCAUGAGGCCAUCACCACUGUGCAAGCAAUGAAGAGCCAGCAGGCUCUCGGGCCCGGUCCACCAGCUUUUCUGGCCAGAGUGAGUGAGCACUGUUCCUUUGGGCAAGGUCUGCAGAUAUGCUGGAACUCGGCAGAGGUCACCCCCCAGUCCUCUCACCCAUAGCAAACCUUUGCAACCACUUCACUACCUCUCACAGGGUCUCGUGGGCAAGGUGACAGCAGAGUUCUGUGCAGCUGGCUGGUCUUGGGUGGACAGCCCAGCUGGUGAUAACUCAUAGCAGGGAUUGUCUCCACGAAGGAAGAAAGCCUCCUUGUGUGGCUGUCUUUGUUGAUUUGCCUCUGGGAGGCCCCAGAGGCCGGAGUAUGCACAUCUCACGGCAGCUCACUCCCACCCCAGCAUGUCCCCCAGGUACACACACAUCACCACAGCUCACUCUCUCCUCAUGUGGGUCUCCCAAGUUGUGGAAUGAGCCACUCCCUGGUUCACCCAAGACCUCCCUGAGGCUUUGUACACAAAUGCCACAGGUACGUAGAUGGUUUCUUGCAACCUUGAAAAUUUUGUACCUUUUUUCUUUUCAAGCUGUUUUUUCCCCUAAUUAGGGAGAACUCUUGGUAUUACUGCUUUUUAAUUUGUUCCCAGAAAAUUGUGAUAAAAUAGACCUGAACCAGCCACAAGUGGUUGCUCCUGAGCAUGUGUGUAUACGUCUAGUGGGGCCAUGUUCCCUAUAGCUGGGGUCCUACUGUUGAGACGUGGUCUACCCUCCAGCUUUGUGGCACACUGUUGAGGUCACAGAGGGGAGGCAGAAACCCCUGGUGACCAGGGAGGGUUUGUGUCCCAUGACUCCAGUAGUCCCUUUUUUGCCCAGGUCUUCUGCACAAGAUAUGGUUGUUGGCUCCUGGCCACUGGCUCUGCCCAGGGUCCCUGUUCCUGUCAGAGGGUGUGUGUUUGCUUCUGAGGCUGUGCUCCUUGUGGCAGAUGGUGCUGCCUCCAUCUCAUCCAUUUUCUUUAUACCUGUGCCCAUUGCAUAUGUUCACAGAGGAGUCACCAGGACUGUCUUGGCAGCUUUUAAAUGUGAAGUGUGUGUUUGCCCAUGGGGAAGGCUACAUGGGAAGCCUGUUUCUCUCCAUGGGCUCCUCUCAUCUGUUACCACCUCCCCUCCCUCAUGUUCUGGAUGCUGCUUGGUUUUCUAACUGGGUGGCCAAUUGCUGACUAUUUAGGCCUCCAGGGACAUGACCUUGUGACAUUUAUCUCCAAGAGAAGAGAGGUCUGUGGGGUCCAAAUGACAAAAUGGAAAGUGAUCACUGGCACCACCAUGGCUAUUUCUUUCCUGUGUUUCACUCCAAUGUGGACUCUACAGUUAAUGCUGUUCUCAACUGGAAAACUGUUAAAGGCAGAAGGUCAGUCAUACUUGGCCUUCUAGAAGCAAAAGCCACGCACUGCUGUGGGCUGAAGUAGAAGUCCCCUUUGGAGGGUGUUUGCUCGGAACCUCCAAGGACUCGAAGGCAAGAGACCAGAGGGGUGUGAACAGGACGCACUGUCCUGUGGGGCCAGCCACAGAAAGAGCAAACGGGGAGCAUCUCACUUGAGUUGUUUGUUUGUUAAGAAAUAAAGCUGGCUUCAUGGAC